AUGUUCAGAUCCGCGCCAACCUCGAUCGUCGCAGCACCAGGAGGGCCAUCGAGUAGCCGCGCCGCGUAUUAUUCACGCGCGACAGUCUUUCCCGCACGAAUUCAUUCCACGCAGUUCCUCCGAACGGGAAGCGCGCGCAAUUUCCCUAGUAAAUCGCCCUCCACUCACCGUCUAGCCGUUUCCGCCGCGAGCCGUGCAAUCGAAGCCUCAGGCGAAUCCGAGCCGUCUGUAUCGGCUAAGAUCCGCGAGAUCGGGGAAGAGGAGACCGGCGGGAACUUGCGCGGAAGGUUUCUGCAAGAUGACGUGGGUCCGAACCAGGUGGUUCUCGAGGCGCAGGCGCGCGUGUGCACGAAACCCACGCAGACCGGCCGCUGGGCGAAGAGGAGAUGCGGCGCGUGCUGGAGCAGAUCUUGCUCUCAGGUGUGCCUUCAGGUGUUCUGUCAGGUGUGCCUUCAGGUGCUCUGUCAGGUGUGGCCCCAGGUGUGGCCCCAGGUGUUUCCCCAGCGCCGUUCGACCCAUCCCAUUCCCUCAAGGCGUGUGGAGGCACGAGGCAGAGGCGGAGGAGACGAGAGGGGCAUGCGAGUGAGUGUGCUUUUGAGUCGACUCAAGAGGAGACGAGACGGGCAUACGAACGAGUGUGCUCAAGGGCAGCGAGCAGGCGCUCACACGUGGCUGGGUGUGCCGUGCACCUUCCUCGUGUGUGUCUGCGCCCUGAUGCCGCACCAUCACAAGGUUGGAGGGGGGACGAAAGGGGGAGAAUGGGGAGGGGGGGUUUACUUGGGGGGUGCGAGAGGCGGUGGGGGUAUGAGAGGCUGUACCGUGCACCUACCUGCACCCCUGCGCUUCAUGCUGCAAGCGGAGAGCGGGGCGAAUGACUCGCUGCAACUGCGUGUGUCGCCAGCAGCAGUUGUCGCCGACCCGGCACCACGAGUGUGCCAUCAGAGAUGCCCAUUAGAUCAACGGCUCACAGCGAUUUACCGUCGACGUCUUCGUGUUGACUUCAACCUGUCACAAUGUUCUGCAGCGGCAACAUACUCUGCAGCAGCAGCGGCAGUAGCGGCGGAAGAGGGAUCUGCGGAGGGUGAAGGGAUGAAGCUGCGGUCGUCAGUCACGUUCCCCCCCUUCCCGGGAGCGUAUCUGCUGGCGGGGACAGCAGCAGCGCCGCCCGAGGUGGCGUGGGUGCGGCAGCUGGACGCCCAUGCGGCGCCCCUCAAGGAGUUCUCCGUCACCUUCUCCGAGGCCCUGCGCAACCUGCCGCUGGGGGUGCGCCUGUGGUCACACAACCAGAGGGAGAAGUCACAGGGCCGGGUGCCAGUGAUUGACCCUUUCUCUCGUGAAACACAGCCAUCAGCAUGCCACGGAGUGCCUCUAGGAGGCAUCGGGGCGUGCAGCAUUGGGCGGGGGUUCCGAGGGGAGUUCAACCGAUGGCAGUUUGCAGCGGGGCAGUGCGAGGAUGCCCCCGUGGAGGCCGAUCAGUUCUCUGUGUUCAUCACGAGGCAGGCAGAGAGCCCAGCAGACCAACCCCGCAAGUUUUCCUCUGUGCUGUACCCUGGUGUGCCCAAGGGCUUGCGGAGGAGGGCGAGUGGGUCGGGCAUCGACGCGUGGGGGUGGAACAUGGAUGGCUCGCGCAGCACCUACUAUGCUCUCUUCCCCCGCGCCUGGACCGUCUAUCAAGAGCCAGACCCACAGAUGACCAUCUCGUGUCGCCAGGUGUCGCCCUUCAUACCCAACAACUACCAGGAGUCCUCCCUCCCCUCCUCCGUCUUCUCUUUCACUGUAGCUAACACGGGCACCACAGCAGCUGAUGUCACACUCGUCUUCUCCCUUGCAAACUCCAUAGGGGGGGACUCUGUAACAACCGGCGGCCAUCUCAACACGGCCUUUGAGAUGGACAGGGGCAUCAAAGGCGUGAAACUUCAACACAGGUCCUCCAAAGUGGGCGGCCCAGUGACUCUAGCCAUUGCAGCGCGUGGUGGGAGUGGUGCCACCAACACUGCUCCUCCCUCUGCCACCUUUGCAACCAACUCCUUUCCCAUCACUGCUGACUCAGCCAACGGGAUCGCUGACUCAGCUUGCAGGAUGGCUGAUUCAACUAAUGGGACUGCUGACAGCAGCACUGAUGGGGUGCGCGUGUCUGUCUGCCCGCACUUCGUCCUCUCAGGCCCCUGCAAGGGCCUAUCAGCUGCUGACAUGUGGCUGCACCUUGAGAAGACGGGCACCUUCCCCCCCCACCACGAGUCUGCCCUAUCGUCACACCCCUCAUUCCCCGGCACGGCCAUCGGGGCGGCAGUGGCGGCAUCGGUGUCGGUGCCGUCCGGAGCCACCCGCCACGUGGACUUCACGCUCUGCUGGGACGUGCCUGUUGCCCGCUUCAACCCUGACAGCCACUACCUCAGGCGCUACACGCGUUUCUACGGCCACCAGGGCAUGGCAGCUCACUUGCUGGCCCGCGAUGCUCUUCUGGGGUACAGCAACUGGGAGAGGGCCAUUGACGCAUGGCAGCAACCCAUUCUCCAAGACGAUGCCCUUCCUGAGUGGUACCGAGUGACGCUCUUCAACGAGCUCUACUUUCUCACUGCAGGGGGCACCGUGUGGACGGACGGAGGGCCACGGCUGGAGGAGAGGGAGCAGCACGAGUGGCUCAAGCCGCAAGACCCCUCCCACUCACUCGCUCGCUCUGUCCUUCUCGUGCCCUUGCCCUCGUCUGUUCCAAGGUCUCACAUCGCCGUUCUCGCUCUCACCUCUCUGCUCGCCCCUGAACCGCAAACACUCUUUCCUGCUCCGACACCCCCUCCCCCUUCCUCUUCCUGUACACCCCCUCCCCAUUACUCCAGACUCACCCUACACUGCCGCACCUCUCUGUCCCCUGCUCUUUUCACCCCCUGCUCCCACCUUGCUCUCCCCCUCAACCUCCUCACAGCCAUCAAGGAUGGCCCAGGCAAGGCCGUCGAACCUGCUCCACCUUCCCCUAUCCCACCCGCAGCACCACCAGCAGCACCAGCACCAGCACCAGCGCCAACAGCAGCAGCAGCAGCCACGGGCAAAGACACAACUCAGCAGCCGCCCCACCUCGCCCCCCCAUCCCCCUUUUCCCCCACGCCCCUCCCGGGGCCAUGGAACAAGCCUCCCCCCAUCCCAGGCAGGGCGCCCCUCCCCCCCAACCUCCCAAAGAACCUUCUCCCCCUCGACUCCCCCUCACUGCCCACGUCCGCCCUGCCACGAGCCUCCUCUGCCCCCAUCACGCCUGGUCGCCUGCUAUCCAGCACUUCUAGCCUGUUCAGCAACAUGGCCAUUGGCAUGUUCCCCGCCUCCCCCAUGCCUCUUCCCACGAGAAAGCGUGCUGCGGCCGGUUCUUCUGGUGGUGCUGCUUUGCGUGGUGGCCUGUCUGCGUCGUCAUCCCUCACUCCGCCUGUUUUCGGCCCUUCUCUUUCCAGUCUCCUAGCCCAAAGUCCUCAGGUGAAUUCUCAGGUAGGUCAGCGAGAUCUGCGAUCUGGGUUGUCACUGAAUGAAGCUGAUUUUGCUGCCCAAAGUCCUCAGGUGGAUUUUCGGGCAGGGCAGGGGGAUUUGCAGUCUGCGUUGUCACUAGAUGACGCUGGGUUGGCUGUGGGGACUAUCGGGAGGAUAUCGGAGCGACAGGAGGAAGGGGAGGACGCUGAAAGGGAGGAAGGAGAGGGGAGGACGACGAGCUAUGGUGUUGGUGCUAUGGUGUUUGAGCCAGAACGCAGUAAUAUGGCAGGCGCAGCAGCAGCAGCAGCAGCAGCAGCAGCAGCAGAGAGAGGUUCGAACGAUGCACAAGGCACAGGAGCGAUAUUUGAGGCGCUUCAGGAAGCGACAUCGACCAGAAGCAGCAGCAACAACACAGACACACCACAGUCCGCCAGACGAAGCAGUGACACCACUUCAGCCUCCCUCGCCUCCCCUCCCUCUCCCUCCUCCUCCCUCGCAUCCACCCCACCGCAACCCCCCCGCCCGUCUCUCUCCCUCGCGGCAACGCAACAACCCUCCUCCCACUCGCCCCCGCCACUCACCCCGCAUGAGAAGGCCCUUGACCUGCCAGCGCCCAUGGCAGGGCGGCUGGCAGGGGGGCCUCUGGGGCCGCACGAGCACUACAGCUGGCGCCUGUGCUCUGGCGUGCAGCUGCUGGCACAGGGUAGAGAGGAGGGUGGUGCGGGGGUGAGGGGAGAUGGGGAGGGGAGGGAGGAUGGGGAGGGGGAUGGGGAGGGGGAUGGGGAGGAGGAGGAGAAUGUGGGGCAGUUUCUGUAUCUGGAGGGGCUUGAGUAUAUCAUGUGGAACACCUACGAUGUGCAUUUCUACGCGUCCUUUGCGCUGCUCUCCCUCUUCCCGCUGCUCGAGCUCAGCUUGCAACGGGACUUCGCCGUCAGCACUCUAUUGCAGCAACGGCGCAUGACGAGGUUCCUAGCGGACGGGGCAUCGGGCGUGAAUAAGAUGCAGGGCAGUGUGCCGCACGACCUGGGCUGCCAUGACCCAUGGGUCUUCCCCAAUGCAUACAACAUCCAUGACACGGCCCAGUGGAAAGAUCUCAACUGCAAGUUCGUGCUGCAGGUGUGUCGCGACUACAAAGCAACAGGCAACGUGCGGUUCUGCAGGGCGGUGUGGGCGGCGGUGGUGGCAGCAAUGGAUGCGGUGGAGAGGUUUGACCGUGAUGACGACGGGCUCAUUGAGAACGAUGGCUUUCCCGAUCAGACCUACGAUAACUGGCCCGUGCACGGAGUGAGUGCGUACUGUGGGGGGCUGUGGCUGGCGGCACUGCAGGCAGGAGCAGCCAUGGCGGAUGCAGUGGGGGAGGCCAAGUACGCCCAGUACUGGCGGCAGCAGUGUGCGCGGGGCAGGGAGGCGUUCAUCGCUAAGCUUUGGAAUGGCAGGUACUUCAACUACGACAGCGGCAGCAGCAGCAACAGCAACUCCAUUCACGCGGAUCAACUCGCAGGCCAGUGGUACCUGUGGAGCUGUGGUCUGCCGCCGCUCUUUGACUCAACCAUGGCAUGCAAAGCACUGCAGAUGAUCUUUGAGUACAAUGUGAUGCGGCUGGAGGGGGGCAGCAUGGGUGCCGUCAAUGGCAUGCGACCCAAUGGGCAGGUGGGGGACUGGACUGGGCAGGUGGGAUCUGGACAGGUGGGAUCUGGACAGGUGGGAUCUGGACAGGUGGGCAUCUCCAUGCCCCAUUCUCUCCUCUCCACUCUCCUCACUUCGUCCUUCACCCUCCUCACUCUGCUCCUCACUCCCACCACACUCUCCUCCUCACUUUGCUGCUCUGCCAGGUGGACGACACCCCGUCGCCUUCGCUUUCCACGCCUGUCGCCUUCACUUCCCCUCCCCCGUCACCUUCACUUCCCCUCCCCCCGUCGCCUUCACUUCCCCCCACCCCGUCGCGCAACAUUCCCCCUCCCGUCGCCUUUCCCGCCCGUCGCCUUCGCUUCUCCCGCCCGUCGCCUUCCCUUCCUCUACCCAUCGCUCUCGCUUCCCCCGCCCGUCGCACUCGCUUCCCCUGCCCGUCGCACUCGCUUCCCCCGCCCGUCGCACUCGCUUCCCCGCCCGUCGCACUCGCUUCCCCGCCCGUCGCACUCGCUUCCCGGCCCGCGCUUCCCCCGCCCGUCGCUCUCGCUUCCCCCGCCCGUCGCACUCGCUUCCCCCGCCCGUCGCACUCGCUUCCCGCCAGUCGCACUCGCUUCCCCGCCCGCGCUUCCCCCGCCCGUCGCACUCGCUUCCCCCGCCCGUCGCACUCGCUUCCCGCCCGUCGCCACCACUACCCCUCCCAUUGCCGUUCACUCUCUCCAUCUCACGCUCUCCCCCUCGCUCACUCGCUUGCCCACCCGCAAUCUCUUCUCUCCUGCUCACUCCCCUCCCCCCUGCUCACUCUCUUCCCCCCUGCGCACUGCACACUCUCUUCCCACCCCCCUCACUCUCUUCCCCCCUGCGCACUGCACACUCUCUUCCCACCCCCCACACUCUCUUCUCCCCUGCGCACUGCACACUCUCUUCCCACCCCCCACACUCUCUUCUCCCCUGCGCACUGCACACUCUCUUCCCACCCCCCUCACUCUCUUCCCCCCUGCGCACUGCACACUCUCUUCCCACCCCCCUUACUCUCUUCCCCCCUACGCACUGCACACUCUCUUCCCACCCCCCUCACUCUCUUCCCGCCCGUCGCACUGCACACUCUCUUCCCACCCCCCUCACUCUCUUCCCCCCUGCGCACUGCACACUCUCUUCCCACCCCCCUUACUCUCUUCCCCCCUACGCACUGCACACUCUCUUCCCACCCCCCUCACUCUCUUCCCACCCGUCGCACUGCACACUCUCUUCCCACCCCCCACACUCUCUUCUCCCCUGCGCACUGCACACUCUCUUCCCAACCCCCUCACUCUCUUCUCCCCCAUCCGUCUUCACUCUCUUUCCCCUUUUUUUCUCACCCCUCUGCCCCGUCCACAUCCAACCCUCGCUUAUCUGCCAUACCCCCUCUUCCAUCCCCGUUCUAUCACAGAACCAUGCUUGGACAGGUGCCCACCACCAUGA